AUGUCAGUGCCGACCAUUCCGUUGAGAAGUGCCAUAAGUCUGAAGGUGUUAAAGCUGAGCGCAAACCCAAUCCGAGUGCUGGACGAGCACUCAUUCGUGAAGAUGAAUACAUUGACUGAACUAUAUUUGGAUGAUAUGAAGGAAUUGAUUGAAAUCAAAGAGAAGACUUUCUCCUAUUUAUAUAAUCUACAGAAGAUUUCCAUUAGUAAUCUGACAAGUCUUGACUUAAGAGAGAAUCCGUGGACUUGUGAUUGUCAUCUACUUUGGGCCAAAUAUUGUCACUUAAGACCAGAGCUCACGCACGGAAUCAUGUGA